AUGCUCCGCGGGGGACCAGGGGUGCUGAUGCUGGCGUUGGCAGGCGGGCUGCUGAGCCUCAGCCGGGGCCUGGCGAGCGACCAGGCCCCAGCCCCGAGGUGGGAGGUGCAGCGCUUCGACGGCUGGUACAACAACCUGCGACACCACGAGCGGGGAAAAGCGGGCUCCAGGCUGCAGCGCCUGGUCCCCGCCAACUACGCGGAUGGCGUCUACCAGGCCCUGGGGGAGCCGCUCCUGCCCAACCCCCGCAACCUCAGCCUCACGGUCACGCGGGGCCCCUCCGGCCAGCCCUCGCUCCGCAACCGCACCGUGCUGGGGGUCUUCUUCGGUUACCACGUGCUGUCGGAGGUGGUGAGCGUGGAGCAGCCCGGCUGCCCCGCCGAAUUCCUCAACAUUCCCAUCCCGGCCGGGGACCCCGUGUUUGACCCCGACGGCAGCGGGGAUGUGGUGCUGCCCUUCCAGCGGAGCCAGUGGGACCCGGACACCGGCCAGAGUCCCAGCAACCCCCGCGACCAGGUGAACGAGGUGACCGGCUGGCUGGACGGCAGCGCUAUCUACGGCUCCUCGCACUCCUGGAGCGACGCCCUGAGGAGCUUCUCUGGGGGCCAGCUGGCGGCCGGGCCGGACCCGGACUUCCCCAGGGACACGCAAGGACCCCUCCUCAUGUGGACAGCCCCCGACCCCUCCACGGGCCAGCGCGGGCCGCGGGGCAUCUAUGCCUUUGGGGCCAAAAGGGGGAACGAGGACCUGUUCCUGCAGGCGCUCGGCCUCCUCUGGUUCCGCUACCACAACUGGUGGGCAGAGCGGCUGGCACGCGACCACCCUCAGUGGGGGGACGAGGACCUGUUCCAGCAUGCCCGCAAGAGGGUCAUCGCCACUUACCAGAACAUCGCUCUGUAUGAGUGGCUGCCCAGCUUCCUGCAGAAAAGCCCACCCCCAUAUGGAGGGUACCGGCCGUUUCUGGAUCCCAGUAUUUCCCCCGAGUUCCUGGCAGCUGCGACUCAGUUCUCCUCCACCAUGGUGCCCUCGGGGGUCUACAUGAGAAACGUCAGCUGCCAUUUCCAGGAAGUCACCAACCAGGACGGGAGCGUCUCUCCAGCCCUGCGUGUCUGCAACAGCUUCUGGAGCCGACAGAACCCCAACCUGCCCAGUGCCAAGGCCGUGGAUGCGCUGCUGCUGGGCAUGUCCUCCCAGAUCGCCGAGCGCGAGGACAACAUCGUGGUUGAGGAUCUGAGAGAUUACUGGCCUGGCCCUGAGAAGUUCUCCCGCACAGACUACGUGGCCAGCAGCAUCCAGCGAGGCCGUGACCUGGGGCUGCCCAGCUACAAUCAGGCCCUGGAAGCCAUGGGGUUGAAGACUCUCACCUCCUGGAAAGACUUCAACUCCAAUGUGGACCCCGAGGUCCUGAAUGCCACGCUUGCCCUGUACGGCCACGACCUGUCCCGGCUGGAGCUGCUGCCCGGGGGCCUGCUGGAGAGCCAGGGCGACCCCGGGCCCCUCUUCAGUGCCAUCGUCCUUGACCAGUUUGUGCGGCUGCGGGACGGGGACCGCUACUGGUUUGAGAACAUAAGGAACGGGCUGUUCUCCGAGGCACAGAUUGCCGAGAUCAGGAACACAUCCCUUCACGACGUCCUCGUGGCAGUCACCGGCGUGGAUCCCGGAGCCCUGCAACCCAACGUCUUCUUCUGGCACGAGGGUGACCCUUGCCCACAGCCUCAGCAGCUCACCAACGCGACCCAAUCUCCGUGCACGCCCCUCACGGUGUUCGACUACUUCGAGGGGAGCGGCCCUGGUUUUGGAAUCACCAUCGUGGCCCUCUGCUGUCUCCCGUUAGUGAGCUUGCUCAUCGCCUGGGUAGUGGCCCGUUUCCGCAGCCGGGAGUUCCGGAAACUGCAGGAGGAGAGGAAGCUGAGCGUGAAGAAGGAGCUUUCCUCAGAUGAGGUGCCAGCCCUGGAGUGGCCCGGCCCGGGCCUGGGGACCUACCCCGUGUACCUGCAGUUCCUCCCGGAGCUCUGCCUGCGCGUGCUGGAUGAGCGGCUGGCCGUGCUCCGGUCCGUCCAGCUCCGGCUGCCCCAGCAGCUCAACCUCAUCCAGUCCAACAACCGGGGUUGCCGGACCCUGCUGCUCAAGAUCCCCAAGGAAUACGACCUGGUGCUGAUGUUUAACUCGGAGACGGACCGGGGCAUCUUCCUCCGGCAUGUACAAGGCUACUGCGAGCGCUGGGGCCUGCACCACCAGCUGCAGGAGAUGCGGGAGCAGGAGCUGCUGCAGACCGCCGUCUCCAAGCAGCAGCGCGGCAUCCUCCUGGAGACCUUCUUCAGGCACCUGUUCGCUCAGGUGUUGGACAUUGACCAGGCGGACGCGGGGGUCCUGCCCCAGGACUCGUCGCAGAAGGUGAGGGAGGCGCUGGCCUGCGAGCUGAGCCGGGCCGAGUUCGCCGAGUCUCUGGGCCUCAAGCCCCAGGACAUGUUUGUGGAGUCCAUGUUCUCUCUGGCCGACAAGGACGGCAACGGCUACAUCUCCUUCCGCGAGUUCUUGGACAUCCUGGCGGUCUUCAUGAAAGGCUCCCCGGAAGAGAAGUCCCGGCUCAUGUUCCGGAUGUACGAUUUUGAUGGGAACGGACUCAUCUCCAAGGAUGAGUUCAUCCGGAUGCUGAGGUCCUUCAUCGAGAUCUCCAAUAACUGCCUGUCCAAGGCUCAGCUGGCGGAGGUGGUGGAGUCCAUGUUCCGGGAGUCCGGCUUCCAGGACCGGACGGAGCUGACCUGGGAGAAUUUCCACUUCAUGCUGCGUGACCACGACAGCGCACUCCGCUUCACCAAGCUCUGCAUCAAAGGUGUCAGGAGGUCGGGGGCUGGAGGUGAUCCUGACAUCUUCAGGCAGAACAUUAACAACCGCAUCUCCUUCCUCACCCACAGAAGGCUUGGAAGCACUGCCCCCACCGAGGAGGACCUCCUGCCGUCCAAGGGCCUGGAGACUGGUGGUUCUGAGCUCAGGAAGAGGUUUGGCAAAAAGCCUCCACUUCCACGGCUGUACACCGAGGCACGGCGGGAGAAACUGCAUCGUGGCCGCCUACACCAGCGACUCCAGCAGUUCAAGCGCUUUGUGGAGAACUACAGGCGUCACAUCGUCUGUGUGGCCAUCUUCUCCGCCAUCUGCUGUGGCCUGUUUGUUGAGCGAGCUUACUACUACGCGUUCGCCUCGCCAUCCUCGGGUAUCGCCGACACAACGUUCGUGGGCAUCAUCCUGUCGCGGGGCACGGCGGCCAGCGUGUCCUUCAUGUUCUCCUACAUCCUGCUCACCAUGUGCCGCAACCUCAUCACCUUCCUGCGCGAGACCUUCUUAAACCUCUACGUGCCCUUCGACGCCGCCGUCGACUUCCACCGCUGGAUCGCCAUGGCGGCCGUCGUGCUGGCUAUCCUACACAGUGCUGGCCACGUGGUCAACGUGUACAUCUUCUCCGUCAGCCCACUCAGUCUGCUGGCCUGUAUCUUCCCCAACGUCUUCUUCAACGACGGGUCCCAGCUGCCCCAGAAGUUCUACUGGUGGUUCUUCCAAACCGUCCCAGGUAUGACCGGGGUGCUCCUGCUCGUUGUCCUCGCCAUCAUGUACGUCUUCGCCUCCCGCCACUUCCGUCGCCGCAGCUUCCGGGGCUUCUGGCUGACCCACCACCUCUACAUCCUGCUCUACGUCCUGCUCAUCAUCCACGGCAGCUACGCCCUGAUCCAGCAGCCGCGUUUCUACAUCUACUUCCUGGUCCCUGCGCUUAUCUACAGUGGGGACAAGUUGGUGAGCCUGAGCCGGAAGAAGGUGGAGAUUGGCGUGGUGAAGGCCGAGCUGCUGCCCUCGGGUGUGACCCAUCUACAGUUCCAGCGCCCCCAGGACUUUGAGUACAAAUCCGGGCAGUGGGUGCGGAUCGCCUGCCUGGAGCUGGGCACCACGGAGUACCACCCCUUCACGCUGACCUCCGCCCCCCACGAGGACACACUCAGCCUGCACAUCCGCGCCGCGGGGCCCUGGACCACCCGCCUGCGGGAGAUCUACACUCCGCCCCAGGGGGUCGAUCGUGCCAGAUACCCCAAGCUCUACCUGGACGGGCCGUUCGGAGAGGGCCACCAGGAGUGGCACAAAUUUGAGGUGUCAGUGCUGGUUGGCGGGGGCAUCGGGGUCACCCCCUUCGCCUCCAUCCUCAAAGACCUGGUCUUCAAGUCAUCAGUCAGAAACCAAAUGCUCUGUAAGAAGAUCUACUUUAUCUGGGUGACGCGGACGCAGAAGCAGUUCGAGUGGCUGGCCGACAUCAUCCGCGAGGUGGAGGAGAACGACCGGCAGGAGCUGGUGUCCAUCCACAUCUACAUCACCCAGCUGGCCGAGAAGUUCGACCUCAGGACCACCAUGCUGUACAUCUGUGAGCGCCACUUCCAGAAGGUGCUGAACAGAAGCCUGUUUACGGGCCUCCGCUCCGUCACCCACUUCGGCCGCCCGCCUUUUGACCGCUUCUUCAGCUCCCUACAAGAAGUUCACCCUCAGGUGCCGAAGAUCGGGGUGUUCAGCUGUGGCCCCCCCGGCAUGACCAAGAACGUGGAGAAGGCCUGUCGGCUCAUCAACCGGCAGGAUCAAGCCCACUUCGUGCACCACUACGAGAAUUUCUGA